CAGUCUAAAAACAAACACAAAAGCUAUGAAUUUCUUCAUCAAAUCCUAUGGAAAACUCGACGAAGCCGAUCAAAUGCGCCGCAGGAUAACAAGGAAACGAAUUGCUGUUAUUGCAUUAUCAUCACUUAUUCUUGUUAUUGUCGUAGUUUCAGCAGUUGUGGGAACUACAAGUAGCAAAGACCAAAACCGUAAUGGUAAUGGUAAUGGUAAUGGUAAUGACUCGCAAUCACAAUCGGCUUUGGCUUCAAUCAAAGCGGUUUGUGCCUCUACAUUGUACCCGGACACAUGUUACAGCUCCCUCUCUUCUCUUGUAAAUUCUACUCGUAUCCAGCCGGAUGAGUUACUCAGACUCUCUGUCCUUGUCGCGGUGAACGAGCUAUCGAAAGCAUCGACUCGUCCAGAGCUCAAGAAUUGCAGUGAGCUACUGGAUCUUGCCCUUGAUCAUCUCAACGACACACUGUCAUCAGCAACAGAUGUCGAUUUGAAAUCGUUAGGCGGUCUAUUCGAUGAUCUUAUGACAUGGCUAAGCGCUGCGGGUACGUAUCCGCAAACAUGCAUAGACAGUAUUCAAGACAAUGUUGUAGGAGGAUACCUUCAGAAAUCAAGCGAGUUAAUAAGCAACAGCCUUGCAAUCAUCAAGCGGUUUUCAAGUGUCACGAAUUCUAACAACCAAAGAAGAAGAUUGAUGAGCUUAGUUGCAGAAUGCAAAGAGUUGCCAGAAUGGUUGUCUACGAAAGACCGGAAGCUGCUUCAGAGUGGAAUUGAAGCUGAUGCGGUUGCUGUUGUGGCCCAGGAUGGAUCGGGCAGGUAUAAGCGAAUUGCUGAUGCUCUUAACGCAGUUCCGGAUAAGAGCAAGAAAAGAUUUGUGAUACAUGUGAAGAAGGGGAUUUACUAUGAGAAUGUUAGGAUUGAAAAACCCAAGUGGAAUGUGAUGAUGUUUGGCGAAGGCAUGGAUUCUACAAUUGUAUCAGGAAGUUUAAACGUGGUGGAUGGCACACCAACAUUUCAGUCAGCAACAUUUGCUGUCUUUGGAAAAGGGUUUAUAGCUCGGGAUAUGGGGUUCCGCAACACUGCCGGUCCAGCCAAGCAUCAAGCGGUAGCACUAAUGUCUACCGCAGACCAAUCUGUAUUCUACCGUUGCGGAAUUGAUGCAUUCCAAGACUCUCUUUACGCACAUUCAAACCGCCAGUUUUAUAGAGAAUGUAAUAUUUACGGCACAGUAGACUUCAUAUUCGGAAACUCGGCUGUUGUUUUUCAAAACUGUAACAUACUUCCCCGUAGACCAAUGCCAGGACAGCAAAAUACGAUCACAGCCCAAGGCAAGUUCGAUCCUAACCAAAACACCGGCAUUUCGAUUCAAAACUGCACCAUCUGGCCGUAUGGUAACUUGAGCGAUGUGCACACUUUUUUGGGACGUCCAUGGAAGAACUAUUCAACCACAGUUUACCUUAAUAACAUGAUGCCAAGCUUCAUUGAUCCUAAAGGAUGGUUGCCAUGGGUGGGGGCAUCAGCUUCCAACACCAUAUUCUACGCAGAGUUUUCUAAUUAUGGUGCCGGUGCAGUCACAAAGGAUAGGGUUAAAUGGAAAGGACUCAAAUUUAUAGCUGCCAAACAAGCGAGCAAGUUCACUGUUAUACCUUUUAUUCAGGGGGACAAGUGGCUUAAAGAUACUGAUGUUCCAUACAAAUCAGGACUUUGAUAACAAUCUCUCCAAUCCUUGUUUUCAAAUUUGAAUUUUCCUAUUUUUUAUGUUAUUCAGAUUCCUUAAUUUUGUAAGUUAUCAUCUCUACAUGUGUUGUGUUGUAUCCAAUGUGUGUGCCAAACUUAACAUUGAUUUUGUGUUGAUUUAUGAGGCUAAAGAUAAUAAAAGGAAUCUUAAAUAGCUACUUGGAUAA